CGUCCAGCAAACUUCAUCUGGAGUGAAGGAAGAAUAUGCGCACUCCUCCGGGAUUACAGUUGAUGCGUUAUCAUGAAUUGAGGCAGGUGCAGAACUUCAAACGAUGAAUUCCACGAGCGCAAAACUACGCGAUAUCUCCCUUGCUCGGCUGAUGUCCUAGUUCAUGUAUGAGAUUAUUUGCUCACCGCCGACUGCCUGUUCAUCACUACUCCACUCUCAUCCCGCAGCUUUCCUCUUUUUAUCUGAGCGUCCGUGUAAAAUGGAAAUCUGAAGUGCUUUACUUUCGCUGUUUCUCACCUUUCAAAAGAAAAGACCCUGUGGUGAUGCACAGGAACCAGAGAGGAGGAUGUGUGGUAAACAGCUCUCCCUCUGAGUCUCCUAUCCUCUGCUCGGUCCCUGGAUACGCAAAUUGCCAGGUCUUCUCCUCCUCUCCUUUCCGCUCCACUAGCUGCUCCUGGCUUCUGGAGAACGCCUCCUCUCCACGCUGCCUCGGACACCAGGAACCUGCCGCCACGUCAAUCACGUCCUCACAUCUGGCUGCAGGGCGGCCCUCGUGGCCGGGAUGCCACUGUGUACCCUGCCAGUCGGCGGUGGAUCCUGAGGGGCAGGAGUUGCCCACCCAGUGCAGGGGGCAGAGGAACAAACACCCUGAUCACGACAUGAAUCUCUGCUGGAACGAGAUCAAGCGCAAAUCCCACAACAUCAGGGUACGGCUGGAGGCCUUUUCGGACAACAGCGGGAAGCUCCAGCUGUCCCUGCAGGAGAUCAUCGAAUGGCUGACAGCUAAAGACGAGGAGAUGUCCGAGCAGCUGCCCAUAGGUGGUGACGUCGGAGCGGUGCAGCACCAGCGGGAGUUCCACCAGGGUUUCAUGGAAGAUGUCAAAUCCAGAGGGCCCUACAUCUACUCAGUUUUGGAGUCGGCUCAGACCUUCCUGGCACAACACCCUUUCCAGGAGCCUGAGGAGACGUUGCCUGAUGGCAAAGAGCUCUCUCCUCGCCGGCGAAUGCUGAAUGUAAGUCGCUCUGUGUGGAAGCAGGCCAACGUGGCCAGUGACCUGUGGGAGAAGUUGACAGCACGCUGUGUGGACCGACACCGGCACAUGGAGCGAACCCUGGAGAGGCUGUUGCAGAUCCAGGCUGCCAUGGAGGAGCUGGCUGCCGCUCUGGAGCAGGCAGAGGGGGUGAGGGACGCCUGGGAGCCUGUAGGAGACCUGUUCAUUGAUUCGCUGCAGGACCAUAUAGAUGCUACUAAGCUGUUUAAAGAAGAGUUGGCCCAGGUCAAGGAAGGAAUGAAACACAUAAAUGACCUGGCCCAUCAGCUGGCCAUAGCUGACGUGCACUUGUCCAUGGAGAACGCCAGAGCCCUCGAGCACCUCAACAACAGAUGGAAACUUCUGCAGGGAUCUAUUGAAGAACGUCUAAAACAAUUGCAAGAUGCCCACAGAGAUUUUGGCCCCGGAUCACAGCACUUCCUUUCUAGCUCUGUGCAGAUUCCUUGGGAACGUGCCAUUUCCCCCAACAAAGUGCCAUACUAUAUCAACCAUCAGGCCCAGACAACCUGCUGGGACCAUCCAAAGAUGACUGAAUUAUACCAUGCUCUGGCGGACCUGAAUAACAUCAAGUUCUCUGCAUACAGGACGGCCAUGAAGCUGAGGCACGUGCAGAAGGCUUUAAGAUUGGACCUGUUGAAGCUGAGCAGCGUGGUGGACGUGUUUAGAGAACAGGAGUUGCAGCACGCCGAACAUGUGAUGGAUGUGGUCGAGGUCAUCCACGCACUCACUUCCCUGUACGAGAGACUAGAGGAAGAAAGAUCCGUCUUGAUCAAUAUCCCCCUGUGCGUCGACAUGUGUCUCAACUGGCUGCUGAACGUUUACGACAGUGGUCGUAAUGGUAAGAUCCGAGUGCUCUCCUUCAAGACGGGCCUGGUUAUUCUAUGCAACGCAGACAUCCAGGAAAAGUAUAAAUACCUUUUCAGACAGGUGUGUGGUCCAAGUGGACUGACAGAUCAGAAACAUCUCAGUCUGUUACUGCACGAGGCCAUUCAGAUCCCUCGGCAGCUCGGGGAGGUGGCGGCAUUUGGGGGGAGCAACGUGGAGCCCAGUGUCCGCAGCUGCUUUCGGAUGGCUCCAGGUAAGUCAGCAAUCGAGGUGUCUCACUUCCUGGAGUGGAUGAUUCUGGAGCCUCAGUCGGUGGUGUGGCUCCCUGUUUUGCACCGGGUGACUGUGGCUGAGACCGCGAUGCACCAGGCACGCUGCUAUAUCUGUAAGCAGUGCCCUAUCAAGGGCUUCAGAUACCGAAGUCUGAAACAGUUCAAUGUGGACAUCUGCCAGACGUGUUUUCUGACAGGCCGGACUACCAAGGGCAAGAAACUACACUACCCCAUCAUGGAAUACUACACCCCGACGACCUCAGGCGAGAAGAUGAGGGACUUUGCGAAGACACUAAAGAACAAGUUCCGCUCAAAGCAGUAUUUUAGUAAACACCCUCAGAGGGGCUACCUGCCUGUUCAAUCAGUACUGGAGGUGGAGAGCUCUGAGACACCCUGCUCAUCUCCCAGGCUGCCUCAUGCGGACACACACAGCCGGAUUGAGCAUUUUGCCAGCAGGUUGGCAGAAAUGGAGAACCAGAACUGUUCCUUUUUCACUGACAGUCUCUCUCCGGAUGAAAGUUUGGAUGAAGAUCAGUACCUCCUACGUCACUCCAGCCCUGCCCUCGAGGAGGACUCCCCCCACAGCCACCUGCUGGCCCACCUGGACUGCCAGGACAGAGAAGAGCUGCAGCGCACCCUCCACCGCCUGGAGAACGAGAACAGGGUGCUGCAGGGUGAGUAUCGGCGGCUGAAGUGGAAGCACGAAGAGGCUGCAGCAUCACCUCAGCUGCUGGAGUCGGGUCCUGGUUCACCGGCUGAUCAGCAAGACGAGGAGCUCCUAGCUGAGGCUCGAGUCCUCCGACAGCACAAGACCCGCCUGGAGACGCGCAUGCAGAUUCUGGAGGACCACAACAAGCAACUGGAGUCCCAGCUGCACAGACUCAGAGAACUACUGCUGCAGCCCAAAGACGACUCUGAGGCCAAUGGUUCGGCUCCUUCCUCUCUUUCCUCCCCCGUGUCAGGAGGAGGCCACCAGGGGGAGCCUCCCAGCAGAGAGACCACAGACACAGAACCUGCAGGUGAGGAUUUUGAUCAUGAGCAAGACACUGUACUGCAGCUGCAACAGGUUAUCGAACAGCUGAGGAACGUCUUCCCAUCUGAGCCUGGUCCAUGAAGAACCUGAAGCAAAACUCAGAGGCCUAACAUUGUGCAGGUGCCGUUUUGCUCAUCUUAUCGUGGGCAGGGUUUUGGGAAUGCGGGGCUGGCGAAUCCAAGGACAGACGAGGGGACUGUGAGAAGGGACCGGAAGAGUUUCAGGACAACCUUCUCAGCAUGCAACCAUUUGCCAAUCCCAAAGAGCUGUGGGAUUAUCUGAGUGCUAACUAAACAAACUAAUGUUUACAUGGUGCCAAAGGCCUGCACUGAUCCGGACACUGUGCUAACCCGUGUAGUAAUGCAACUUGUGUGGCUUCAAUACAGCACAAGAACCACAAACAAGACUUACACCAGGCAGAAAGUGUCUCUCCUUAGGUAUCCCUUCUCAUUUUAAAAUGGUUUUCGGACUCACUCAUGCACAUAAACACAUACCAUUAAAUCAUGCUUGGAAAUGCGUGGCCCUUGUUCUGUGAAGCAGAAAAGAACAGAUUCCCCUGAACUGUCGGGACACACGGCAAGCUUAUUUACACUGUAAGGAUGACACGUCUUCGGUUGAGGCCAUCAUUUAUUUAAGAUGCCAAAGUGCCCAAUGAGCAUUGCGCUCCUGCCCUGACAUUCUUUUCCAUUUCCCCCCUGCUCUUUUUCUCUUUCAUUUAACACAGUUUCCUUAAAAGUGCAAAUCACUCUUAAAUGCAUACAUGGUAUACAGAGACAUGAACUGCAACAACCAUUUUCUAUCUUGAUUAGUAUUUUUGCCUUGUUUUCAUUACAGAUAUAUAAACAUCUUAAAAA